CCAGCUCUGCCACUUCAUGUGAUCCUCCUGCUGCUGCUGCUGCUGCUCCAUCGACACAUUCUCUGACCAAGAGGAAGUUGGAAAAUUGAAAAUCCAGCUCAUUUGCAAAAAGCUGCCGGUCGAGUCUUCAUUUCAUACGUUACUGCACCAGUGGAGGUCGUCAUGCCCUGGACCAGAUCCCAGGUGGACCCUCAUGCCGCUGCAGCAGAGGUCAUGGACCACUACAGCGCAGACGACCACCACUACGAGGGCUCCCUGUUCCCCACCUCCACCCUCAUCCCCGUCACCGUCAUCUGCAUCCUCAUCUUCAUCGUCGGGGUGACCGGCAACACUAUGACCAUCCUCAUCAUCCAGCACUUCAAGGACAUGAAGACCACCACCAACCUCUACCUGUCCAGCAUGGCAGUGUCCGACCUCAUCAUCUUCCUCUGCCUGCCCUUUGACCUCUACCGCCUGUGGAAGUACGUUCCCUGGCUGUUCGGCGAGGCCGUGUGCCGCCUCUACCACUACAUCUUUGAAGGCUGCACCUCGGCCACCAUCCUCCACAUCACGGCCCUGAGCAUCGAGCGCUACCUGGCCAUCAGCUUCCCCCUCAAGAGCAAGGUGGUGGUGACCAGGCGCAGGGUGCAGUACAUCAUCCUCGCCCUGUGGGGUUUCGCCCUGGUCUCUGCAGCUCCCACGCUCUUCCUGAUCAGCGUGGAGUACGACAAUGACACGCACCCGGACUACAACACAGGCCAGUGCAAACACACCAGUUACGCCAUCAGCUCCGGGCAGCUGCACAUCAUGCUGUGGGUGUCCACCACCUACUUCUUCUGCCCGAUGCUCUGCCUCAUCUUCCUCUACGGCUCCAUCGGGUGCAAGUUGUGGAAAAGCAAAAAUGACCUGCAAGGCCCCAGCACCUUGGCCCGGGAGAGAUCACACAGGCAAACUGUCAAAAUACUGGUGGUGGUGGUGCUGGCCUUCAUCAUAUGCUGGCUGCCGUACCACAUCGGCAGGAACCUCUUCGCCCAGGUAGAUGACUACGAAACGGCCAUGCUGAGCCAGAACUUCAACAUGGCCUCCAUGGUGCUGUGCUACCUCAGCGCCUCCAUCAACCCUGUCGUCUACAACCUCAUGUCCCGGAAGUACAGGGCGGCGGCCAAGCGCCUCUUCCUGCUGCACCAGCGGCCCAGACAAGCCCACCACGGCCAGAGACAACUGUGCGUGACCAGCCACAUCUCCACCCUGAACGAAAGCCUGACCGGCGUCUGAGGCGCACUGAGCUGCUCGAGCCGAAGAGGAAACUCGUUGAACACGUGCAGUGAAAAGUGGGAAUUCAGGGCUGAGAGCUGCAGCACCUCAGUACAACAUCUGCAGCACUUUGUUCACAGGGACCGUGUCAACCAUGUCACAUGUAGUUUUAAUGUCAAGCAAAUACUAAUAUGUUAGAUUCCGAGCAAAAAAUAUAAUUUAUAUUCUCCUGUCUCAGUGUUAUGCACUUAAUGCAAGAGUAUUUACCUCUAGCUUGUGCGCGGCUACUUGUUUUUCUUGUUUGGCGACAGUACCUGCACGGUUUCACUUCACAAUUAUCAUCAGGCCGCUGCACGCAUUAAUGCACGAUUUGUCUUUGUUACUGACAGACGAUGUUUUGCCACAUGUGACUGUUCAUUUGUAAUGUUUAAUUGUGGUCUCGGCUCCCCUCUGACGUGUGAUUGAAUUUGUUUAAUGCAUGUCGAACAAUUGUUAUCGUGCUGUUUGUUGUUGUCAUAAAUCAAAGGAAAGAAAACAAGUAAAUAACCAAUCAGCCGUGGACCAUUAGUUGUGCAGAUGUGAGAUGGGGUAUUCCGGUGUGUGUCUGUGUGUGUGUGUGUGUGUGUGUGUGUGUGUGUGUGUGUUUUGCAGGGCUGUGUGCAAUCUCUACAGCGAAUAGAUGGAACAUGACUUAAUAAUAGCAGAUAAGUAUGAAAAUAGGGCAGUUGUUUCUCUGGCUCUGUGUGCACGUGCAUGUAUGUGUGUGUGUGUGUGUGUGUGUGUGUGUGUGUGUGURUGUGUGUGUUCCAGAGGCCUCCUGAGCCCUGAGGUUUUGGGAGCUGCAUACGUGCCGGCCGUCACAUGUAAUCUGACGUGGUUAUUUUAUUACCUGGCCUCUGAAUUGGAUUUACACUGGCAGACGACGUCCCUGCAUCACCAUAUUCAGAGUAAUGGCCGCUCUAAGUGUAUUUCAAAGAGGACAAAAUAUAUUAGGUUGUCAGCUGUGGCAGAGGUUAUUGCUUUUAUUGCCCCACACUUACAUAAUCCUGAUUCUACAACUCUUCUUUCGAUGUUGCAUUUAAAUGAGAAGUUGUACACGUGUACAUGUAAUUGUAACCUGAACAAUGUCUAAUCCCGAAAUAAACCCAGA